AUGAACGCAGGCGAAGUCAUUAGCCAGGGAGAUAUCUCGAAUCUUGUGGAACUGUUGGACAAAAACAGUGGGUUCAAGCGCCCUGAUGGACAGACCAUAGGCUACAGUUUGCAGGAGGCAGAAUGUGCAAAACCCGUUUCUUCUUGCACAGCCACCACGGUGCAGGCCAAUCCGGUGAGUGUUGCCUUACCUGCAACGGUGGUAGAUCAACAACUGCGCCUCCCCCUUCCAUCCGAGAGCCGAGAGGCGAAACGACUACAAGCAAAGAAAUGUCAGACUGCAAAAGUGAAGGGUUACGCCAUUUGGACCGACGAGGAACUUGCCGCAUCACUUCAUCCGCGUCAGGGCACGGCAUUAAAACCAAAGGAUGAUGCAGAAGAGCCCGAAUACACCAUUAUGCAUAAGGAAGUGGUUACGGCGGAAGAUGUAUACUUGGGUAUGGACAUCAACAAGCCUGGCUCAUCCGGUCUCCUUGUGAAGGUUGUGAUGCCGAAGCUGGAGCAGCUUGCAGAUCUUGCUAUAGAAGUGGAUCCGUAUGAGCUUCGUGUGCUUUCUACGAAGUACUACCUUCGGGCUGCGCUACCACAAAAGGUGGUGGCGGGAAAAGCUGAAGCCAAGUGGGAGAGCAUGAGCAAGACAUUGAAUGUGUGUCUUGCGGUGGAUGAUUCAGAUCGCCUUCUGUAA